CACGAAUAUACCUUCUAUACGAUGAGUUUUUGGUGGUGGUUUUUAAUUUUCAUUUUACCAAUUUUCAUCGUUUUAAUUGCUAUAUCAGUCUCAAAAAGAAAUCGAAGAUAUACGACGCAGCGUGUAGUAAGAGUUCAAGAACCAGUAAUUUAUACGGUUCAACAGCCUCAACAGCAAAUAGUUGUAAGUCAAGUGCCGAAUAACUUUCAAAAUAGUCAGCAUAUAUCACCAGCUGUUUAUCAAGCCGAACAAAGAUUAAAUAUACAUUACGCACAACCCGUUGCACCACCUCCUUAUAAUCAAUCUUAUCAGCAAAAUCAACAGCCCUAUUCAAACAGAUAUUAAAUAUGGACGCAUGGUUGAUAGUCCUGAUUACAAUUGUGUCAGGAAUAGUUUUGUUUAGCAUAUGUUUCAGUAUAAAGCUAAGGAAGAAUAAGAGAAGGACAGCAGCUCGAAAUGCAGCAUAUUCUGCCACAAUUGUAGUUCAGCCAACUCAUUCAUCAAAUCUGCAUCAACAAACUCCAUAUUCUAAUCAACAAAGUCAGAGUAUGCCUUAUCCACCACAAAGUCAGAGUAUGCCUCAUCCACCACAAAGUCAAAAUAUGCCUUAUCCACCGCAAGGUCAGAGUAUGCCUCAUCCUCAACAAUCUAAUCAAUAUCAACAG